AUGGCCGGAUCGCGGCCGCACAGUCGUACUCCCUCCCAAACUCGCAGGCCAGCUGGAGAUGGAGACGAUUCAGUUCUCGGCACGGUCCUUGACACGCGCCAGCUGGAGGCCUUCAGUCGGAAGGUCACAGCGACCGCAAGCCACCUUAUGGGAGACAAUAAUGCCGCGCACUACCCGGCGGCGAUGAACAGCAUCUCCCGCCAGAUGCGACGCCCCGGCAUUCAGAGAGCUGUAUUCUCCUUUUCCCAGCAGGCGCCUUCUGAGCUCGUCAGAGCGAAACUGUCGACCAGCGAAAUUGCGCAUCGUGCUCUUACCUACAUCUCCGAAGAACAACUGCAAAAUAUUCCCGAAGCCGAAAAUACCUACUCCUUAUUUCAAGGGUUUCAAGCAUCUCUACCUGAAGGCGAAUCCGAACAUCGAAAAGGACACCGACGGCGGAGCUCCAAGCAACACAGGCUUUUGGGUGCUGGAGAUGUUGAAGAGGAUGGCCCUCCGUCAAUACACCACCUCAAGAAGAAGAGGAACAGUGUCAACCACAGGUUGGAGAUGAUGGCAAUACGCAAAAACAUGUGCACCACAGAGAUUCGAGACAUUGACAACAAAAUUGGCAACCUGAUCAAUAUGCGGAAGCUCGCUCUCGAGAGAUUGGCCGACCUUGAAAAUGAUGAAGCCGAGGUUGAGCAUGAGCUGCUUGAACUUGACAACAAAAUCGAAGAAAUGCAAGAGGAACUCGAGGAGCAAGGGGCAAUGGACCAGUCUACUAGCACCCUCAACGCUCCUCGCGUAGACACCCCCGAGUCUGAAGCCAUGGAUGCCUCCUUCAUGUCCCAAUCCAUCUACGACAAAUUGCCCUCCUCCACGUCACCGAAGUCAAAGCGCCGGCCCAAAUAUUCUAAGAGAAGAUCCAUGCCGGUUCUACACGAGCACCUGGAACCCGGCUCACAAAUCAAAACCAUUCCCGCUCAUAAUGACUCAAUAUCUGCUAUAGACUUUGACCAGCCAUUCGGAACCAUGGUCACUGCAGCACAGGACGAUACGGUGCGCGUUUGGGACCUGAAUCUUGGCCGCUGCAUGGGCUUUCUGGAAGGCCACACCGCGUCCGUUCGCUGCUUACAGGUCGAAGACAACAUUGUGGCAACAGGCAGCCUUGAUGCCACGAUCCGUCUGUGGGAUCUGAGUCGUGCCAAAUACGAACCCUAUGAACACAAAAUACUCGAAAACGGCGACGACGACAAGGCCGAUGAAGAUGACGGCCUUGGCUUUGGCAAUGAAGGUGAAGACGCGCCCCCUCCACCACCUCCUGAUGCGAUGGAAGAGUGUCCGCUUUUCGUGCUUGAGGCUCACGUCGAUGAAAUCACUGCAUUGCACCUUCGCGGUGACAUGCUGGUCUCGGGAUCAGCCGAUAAGACGCUGCGGCAGUGGGAUUUGGUGAAAGGCCGGUGUGUCCAGACGCUUGAUGUCUUGUGGGCCGCAGCUCAGGCGAACUCGACAGUAGAUAGCACAGAAACACAAUGGCGGCCAACUGGAAGAUCUGCAGAUUCGAAUGCCGACUUUGUUGGGGCUCUACAAUGUUUUGACGCAGCGCUAGCCUGCGGUACAGCCGAUGGAAUGGUCCGACUCUGGGAUCUCAGAAGCGGACAAGUCCAUAGGAGUCUUGUGGGCCAUACAGGACCAGUGACAUGCCUGCAGUUCGACGAUACUCAUCUUGUUACAGGUAGCACUGACAGGAGUAUCAGAAUAUGGGACCUCCGCACAGGGACGAUUUUUGACGCGUAUGCCUACGACUCGCCGAUCACCAGUAUGAUGUUCGAUUCCCGACACAUUGUCUGCGCCGCCGGCGAGGACGUCGUCAAAGUCUAUGACAAGGCUGAUGGCCGUCAUUGGGAUUGCGGUGUUGGUGCCAACACGAGCGUUGAGGAUCGGAUGGCUGGCACUAAGACGAGUAUUGUGGAUCGCGUCAGGCUGAAAGAUGGCUACCUGAUCGAGGGAAGGAGAAAUGGAGAAGUUGGAGUCUGGAAGUGUUGA